UCCAAUAUAGGUGGACACGAUGUAUUUAGCCUUUCACAACAAUCAGUAGAUUCUUCCUCUAGGGCCAGCCCCACCCCUGUGUGCACUGAGCUGUUAGAAGUAAGGGAGGAAAAUGGGUUUCCCCUACAGCAGUCUACUCCAUUUACGCCCUCCAGCAGGCCUGAUGCACCAGUGGCUGUGUUUGAAACCCUUUCCGCUCAACAGCUUUUAUCCGGCGAUCUCUCAGGAUCUUCCUCUGUGCCAACGGUGUCUGACUCCAAUACUCUCAAAGGAAACUGCAAGUUACCGGAAAGUCUUAAUUCACCGGCAGACUUCUUUCCUCAAUCGGAAGCUCCAAGAUCCGUAAAUAUCUUGACACCCAGCAGCAACAAGUCAUCAGAAUCCUCGCCCACUCAACCAAAUUCCUUCGCGAGCAGGCCCAGUUCCCUCGGCUCAAACUCUAAUGGCAUUGCUAAGGGAUUUUCCAACAACAAAAGGCGUCGCCUCACUUACUUUAAGACCGUUCGAGAGUACGUGGCGACCCUACGUCCCGUCGACUGCGUAAUUAUGGUCGAAAAAUGUCGGCCGUUUAACAGCAAAACGGAACACAUGGAAUACUUUAAGAACAACUGCCUUCAACCUAUAUUGGAUUGUCUUAAUGGCGGCCCUCCAUUGGAUGCGGACUUCGGCCGUGACCGGAGUUGGAGUGAAGAAAGUUAUCUCGGUGGUCGCCGCUGUACUCGGCGCGUGAUUUUUGGCAGGGAGGAUGGUGCCGAUGGUCGGGAUGACUCCCGUCAUCGGCUUUGA